AUGGCUGCUAGUUACACACAUACUAGUAAUCAAUGCUCUUGCCUUGGUGAUAGGACGCACUCCCCAUCUGGGGCAAUCAAGCCAAGCCGUCUGUCUAGCCAGACACUCAUCAACUUGGCACAUGGUCGUGUUCUCCUUUCUGUUCUGAAGGAGCUCAUGGCAGUUGGGCUUCACGAGGAAGUCCGUCAGCUGACAGAAUGGAGUGGGCCGGAUAGCAUGCUUAUGGUCUGGCAAGCUCCUGCGUUUCCCAUGUACAGUGCGCACAAUUGA